UUCAGUCACAGGACCAUUUAUCAAGAUUGGUGGUAAAAAAGUUACCUGUCUGUCAUGCAUGAGAAUGCACCGGCUAGCUGUGGACAUCUCUGACAUGGGGGUGCUGCUUCGAGGGGUCAUGGCGUUGGCUCUACUGUCUGCCACGGUGUGCACAUGUCCCAAGCUCUGCCACUGCUUGGAGCGUGGUGGCCAGACCAGCGUCCAGUGCUCGUCACGCGACCUGCGUGCCAUUCCGGCGGACCUCCCCGAGGACACAGUCAGCCUGCACCUGGCGUCCAACCGCAUCACACGUGUGCCAAGCCAGGCUUUCGUGCGGCUGUGGCGGUUGCAGGAGCUGGACCUGUCGGGCAACGCCAUCGAGGCCGUGGAGGAGGGCGCCUUCCAGGGCGUGGCGGAGAGCCUGCGGGCGCUCGACCUGUCCGACAACCGGCUACGCACCUUGCCCAAGGAGGCCUUUGGCCGGCUCCGUGCCAAGAUCAGCCUGUCGGGCAACCCUUGGCACUGCGAGUGCACACUGCAGGAGGUGCUCCGCGAGCUCCGCCUGGACGAGCACACGGUCAACGAGGUCAGCUGUCACACAGCCGUGCGGGAGGAGUUCGCCGGACGGCCUAUCAUUCAGGUGCUGGACUCGGGGGUCAACUUCUGCAGUUUCCAACGCAAGACUACCGACGUGGCCAUGUUUGUCACCAUGUUCGGCUGGUUCGCCAUGGUAAUCGCCUAUGUGGUCUACUAUGUUCGGCACAAUCGUGAAGAUGCACGGCGACAUCUGGAGUACCUCAAGGCACUGCCCAACAGCUCACAGAGCAGCUCAAAGGACUCUGACACAGCCAGCACUGUGCUCUAG